AUGGUUAACACGCAGCUGCUCAUCUGGGUGUCUCUCCUGGCCGGGGUACAGCUCUUGGUUCACACGCAGGACACUUAUAACCACAGACCCAUCAUUGAUUCUACUGUCUCCAGGGAUGCUGACUCUGUGCUUAGAGAAAUGCACUUUGUCAGAGAAACCAGACGCAACAGCAGUUCUACUAACACACUUCCCACUGCUGAACCACUCUUCAUGCAAGAAUCAAGCGUUUACAUGUCGUUCCCGUCUGGCUCUGAUGGGUGCUACAUGGGAUUAACUGAUAUGGUUAAUCCACAUAGUGACCGGUUGGACAAGAAAUACACCUCUUACAUCGCUGCUUCCUAUGUUAAGUUCCUGGAGAGUGCUGGGGCCAGGGUCGUCCCUAUCCUUACUUACCAAGACAACGAUUAUUAUGAGAACCUCGCGGGUUCCCUCAAUGGGAUCUUGUUCCCUGGAGGAAUUACAACCAUCGACAACAGUAGUGGCUACGGCACUGCUGGCAAGAUUCUAUACGAUUAUGUGCUGCGUGCCAACGCUAAGGGCAUAUACCUGCCACUCUGGGGCAUCUGUCUGGGCAUGAUAAUGGUCACCUACCUGUCAACUAACAAUAAUUACUGGUAUAUCCCGUGCCAUGCCAACAACGUCGCCAGCAGUCUGGAUCUGCAGGACGGUACGAGGGAAGCAGGUUACUCCAGUCUCACACCCCAUGUAUGUCACAUGCCCAGGCAGGUUACUCCCGUCUCACACCCCAUGAAGUACAUGACGGCAGGUUACUCCCGUCUCACACCCCUUAUAUUUCGUCAAACUGUGAAGGACUGUGUUAGGAAAAGUGAUCAGUCAGAAGCCUAUAACACAAGAUUACAUCACACAGUUACAAAGAGCCUAACAUACUGCAUUUUAUUACAGAGCUUCGAAGACUCUGGCUUGUCAGACCAGUACAAGCUAAUAGCCACCAGUUGGGACACUCCAGAGUUGGAGUAUGUGGCAUUGUUGGAGCACCGAGAUCUGCCUAUCUUCACCUUUCAGUUCCACCCGGAGAAGAAUCUGUUUGAGUGGGCGGUCGACACUCAGCACUCCAGUAUUCCUCACACACCAGAAGCUGUGGAAAUCGCUCAGAACUUUGCUAACUUUUUCGUUGACCAGGGUGAGUGAGGGUGACGUUUUCGU